UUCGGUUCCACAGUUCCCUGUCGUAAUUUUCCAAUAAACUGCACCUUCACACGUUACUUUUAAAUGACCUAGUUGUGAUAAAAUGACUGUGUUUCCUGUGUAUUUUGGGGAGACUACCUGAUUCUACCGACUGAAGUGCACCCAGUAGUGAACGACAUGAUGACAUCACCCGCCGCAGUUCGACGACAGAAGCGCAUGGGACCCGCCCCUUUCGCCUCCUUCGAGGACCUCUCAGAUGAGGUGAGAUCCCGUCUGGAGAGCCCCGACGAUAAAAAUGUAGCCACCUCCGUGGUGAGGCUACCCGGGAUCAGAGAGGAUAUAACACCAACAACUCCCUCCGUGACCGACAGAGCGCCUUCACCAGCAUAUCCAUUCAAAGGCAUUAGCAUCAUAGGAUCUGCCCCCAAGGUAACUAACAUGCUUAAUCCGAAACCUCCGCAACAGACGUGCAACAUACAGGCUCCCACUCCAAGAAUCGACAUUUCCCGAGCCAGCAGUUCCUCCCACCACGACAGCAAAGAUAGCAGCCCAGAAAGAGAACUGUUUGACCCCCAGGAUCGUCACAGUGCCAAACUGGGCCUCGGUUUCAAAGAAGAUGGGGCUCUAGAUCUGCGGUCUUCCACGGAGGAACUCGAUUUCCAGGAGAUACCCGAACGCAGGAAAUCCAAAGCCAGGCCACAGUCUCCGUACCAGGAGGACGUGGAGUAUGUGAGGAAAGACUCGCAGUGCUCCGAUAUAGUAUUACUUUCGAUAUCUGGACGAACGUCGAGACUGUCUAGCAUCGGGAGUCAGGGAUCUGGGCAGAGCCGAUUGUCUAAUGCCAGCCAUAUAUCCAUCUUAUCAGGACAGUCUGGGCUAUCCAGGUCUUCGUCUCCGCAUAAACUGAACCUGGAGACUUCUUUCUGCGGUGCUAAGCCGCCCCAGAAGCCCAAUACGAAAUUGGAUGAAACAGGGACCAAACACGAAGCUGACGAUUUAGAAAUGGUUCUUCUAUCUAGGAAGCAUGACCCCAAAGAAGCUAUUUUUGCUGAAGGAAUUGAAGUUGAGAAACCAACUAGCAAAAACACUCUUCCGAAAACAGACGUUGUGAAUAAAAUAAGCGACAUUAAGAUAACCGUGCAUAAACCUACUAGCGAAACCAAUGAAUCCAAACUUCCAAAAAGUCGGUUUGUAGCCGAAAGUGGCGUAGAAUAUUUCUACAUUCCCUUGAAAGGGCCACUACCGCCUGAUCUGGAAACCUCUAGAGCUCCUGCUAGGACUACUGGAAAGCAAAAACUUCGCGAAGUCAAAUCAGCAAACUAUCAAACUAGGAAUACCAAAAACACUAAAACAUCCGAACUACAUGAUCCGACACCAAGAUGUAAAUCCGCCACACCCACUCCGUCACCGUCAACUGUCAAAAAAGAGGAAGCCAAGUAUAUCAGAAUCAAGUUGAAACCGGACCGGUGCUAUUCUGACGAAUCUCCCAAAGGUAACGAACUGAACAAGCCUGAUAGUUUAGACCUAGAUACAAUCCAAAAUACCUCCAACUACAUCCACGAAAACGCCAAACUAGAGCGCAUUCGUGAUUAUUCGUCCCUAGAACCAGAAAGAAGUUCAGUGCCAACCAACAUCAACCCUAGGAAACCCAAAGAUACUGAAUGUAAUAUAGAAAGCAUUAGUCCUUCGCCUUCAGUGUCUAGAAAGAGCUCUUUCACCUCAAUUUUCAAAAGUAAAGAGGCGACACUGAGCCCUGAAUCACCUUCUGCCCCCUGCAUCAGAAGAAAAAAUACACUGACUGGCAUUAUAAAAGAUGUCGGUGAUAAUCUUAGCAUUAGAAGUAGAUCCAAGAGCCGAGAUAGAGAUAGUCACAAGAGUUCUCUUUCUACAGCCCCUUCCUCGACUGAAAGUAUUGACACCAAAUCCAAACAUAAAUCUGUACUGUCCCUAUUCAAGUCUAGUAAAAAGGACAAAAUCAAGUCCGAAUCAGAAACCAGUUCGCAAGAAACCCUUCCCAGCAUAGAGGGCAUAGGCAAGCUGGAGUUUAAGUUUAACGACCCCAAAAUAAGCAAGGUUUACCACGAGAACCCAUUGGAGGCUGCCAGUAUCCGGAUACCCCUCCAUUCGCCUACGUACUACGAAGACGUUUCCAUCCACGAGUGGAAAACAUCCAGCCAAGAUUCCCAAGAAACAGUCAUAGAAGCUUCGAAUAAAAAUGUCCAUGUCGAGUAUGUUACAAAAAACGAAGAGACCUGUCCGAAAAAGUUGCCCUAUAGAGACAGUCACAAGAGUUCUCUUUCUACAGCCCCUUCCUCGACUGAAAGUAUUGACACCAAAUCCAAACAUAAAUCUGUACUGUCCCUGUUCAAGUCUAGUAAAAAGGACAAAAUCAAGUCCGAAUCAGAAACCAGUUCGCAAGAAACCCUUCCCAGCAUAGAGGGCAUAGGCAAGCUGGAGUUCAAGUUUAACGACCCCAAAAUAAGCAAGGUUUACCACGAGAACCCUUUGGAGGCUGCCAGUAUCCGGAUACCUCUCCAUUCGCCUACGUACUACGAAGACGUUUCCAUCCACGAGUGGAAGACGUCCAGCCAAGAUUCCCAAGAGACAGUCAUAGAAGCUUCGAAUAAAAAUGUCCAUGUCGAGUCUGUUACAAAAAACGAAGAGACCUGUCCGAAAAAGUUGCCCUGUAAAACGACCCCCGUGAAUGCAAGCAGCAGGCAAAGUAGCACCAGUAGCGACAAUGUCGUGUUUUCAACGAAGCUAGGAAACGACGAAGACGCAGUGUUCACCACCAGGCUACCGAAACAAUUUCCUUCAGAAAAGAAAGUCUUAGUGACGGUCGAACUGAACGGCAUCAUAGAGAAAAAACACCAGGCCGAAAAUCCACCUCAACUAAAAAGCUUGGAAGAGAAGAAGAUAAGCAGGGACAACUCGAUAGACAGGCUUGCGAAGCAGAAUCCAAGAGAAGAGUGCAAUAACGUGGAUAGCGUACAAGAAAAGUCACUAGUGGAAUUAGAAAUGAAUGAGUGGCAGGAGAAACGAAUAUCGCAAAUUUCAGUUGGCGCAUCAAGCACUGUCAGCUCGACUGCUGACGAAGAUCGGAAUUCUUCGGAAUCCGAGCGGGAUCCAGAAACCAACAACAACAGAAAGGACUUGGACUUGAAGCUCUGCUUAGACAUCCCAGAAUCUGAACGAAAAGCCAUAUUUCUACAGCAAGACUCUUUUGAAGACGAGUUACCGUACAUUCCCACCACACUGCCACUGGAAAGGUCAUCCGCGUUUCCAAUCGUUCCGAUAAAACAACGAUCCGCGUUCGAGAUGAAGACUUUUCCUAUAGAAAGACCCAGAUCAACUACGCCUAUAAAUCCCAGCUGUUUGGAGGAAUACUGCGAGGAAGUUAUGGGUUCGUUCAACGUAGAGAGCGUUACCAGCACCAUAGAAAAAUUGAAGAUAUCGCUGCCUCGUCACGACUCCUUCGACAAACCGAGCAAGUUGAAGUCUCCUAGAAAAAAAGACUCCAACACGAACUGGUUCGAAUUUGCGGAAAAGGGGAUAUCUCGUCAAACACAAGGCGAUGUCCCCCCUCCUUUACCUCCGAAGGGGAUGCAGAAAGCCUGGAUCAACUUCGAAGAUAUUCCGGAAAAACGGAAAGCUCCCAAGAGAAUCCAGACGAUUCCCUCGCGAGGCUACAUAGAAGUACCAGAGAGUGUUUUACAAGAUAACGUGCUGUACAACUAUGUCAACCCGGAGGAGUGUAAGUGCGAAUGCCAUGAAUUGAAUUCCAAGGACAGAGAAAAGCGUAACAAGGAAUCGCCGGAAGUGACGCAGGAAGAUGAGCUUCCUUUGCUGGGAGACGAAAGUUCGAAUAACGAAAAGAACGGUCACGGCCGCUCUGGGCGAUUGAGAUUUGAUGUUGCAGUGUCGGAUUGUACGAGUAUAAUCAGUGAUUCCUCUGUGGAUUUGAGCACAAGUAUUGAUCCACCGGAAGGAAGCUUUAAGGAACCAAAUUUACGAACUCCUUUUACAAGUGAUUUAGGACUCUCUAGUAACAGAUCGAGUAUUGUGUCUCAGGAAGAACACAAAUCUCCCCAAUCGCCAAAUGCCUUUCCUAAAACUUGAAUUCUUCAAUCUGUCAUAGAUAAUAAUUUGAUUUUUCUGUGUCUCCCGUACUGAAUAGUAAGUACAUACUAAUAAUAACUACCCGAAAUUCUGUUUUCCUCCCAGUCCAAAUAACCCCGACAAAAUGUUAGGUAGAUAUGUAUACAGUUUAAAAUUUAUUAUUAUUAUUCAAAAAUGUAUCAGUGGGGCAUCAGAUAACUUGACUUUUUUUUCUUUUGGUUAAAACGAUACUUUAGAAUUGUCGAUUUACUUUGUAUAUGGAGAUUCUCAAGGUAGAUUGAAAACAAAUUCAAGGAGUUACCACUUUUAUGAAUAUUGAUUUUUAUUUUUUAUUAACUACCAUAUUAUACAAAAUAUCAAAUAGUGGAUAAGUGGAUCCGUAGCGUAUACAAGAUAUUUUAGGCAUUGAAGCAAUAUUAAAAAAUGAAGAGCCUUUUUGUUUGAUAUUGAAAAAUUUCAAGAAGAACUUCUCUUAAAUAAUGCAUUCGCACUACCGAGUUCUCAAAAUAAACUAAAUGAUUAUCAGAUGCUACCCGAUUCAUAUUUUCUACACAGAGAAAUUGAUAAACCUCUAUAUUGAUUGUCAUUUACAUAUGAAUGAAAUACAUUAGUCUAACAUAUUAUACAGUGUGUUCAUAUCGCAUCUAACUCCGUAUAUUAUUGUAACAUGCAAAAAGCUUUGAAAAGGGUGUUACUUUUUAUAAAGGUACCUAUUUUACCAUCGAUAAACUAAGUGAGGCUCAAUUUGGGAUCAAGUUGGACCAAACUUGUCGUUUUCCUAAACUUAUUGUGGUUUAGUUGAGUAGUUGGAAUUCAAGAACAGUGUCAAUAUGAAGCAAUGGCAAAUGGAUAAUACUAUAAAACUGCCGGUUCAUGCGACUUCACCAUCUAUUUUCAGGUGGGAAGCAUUUUUACCAUUUAUUCGAAUAUCAUCACUCACAUGACCAAUGAAAAUAUAUUAACUUUCUAUGCUUGAUUUCAAAACAGGGUCUAUUUCCAUUGUCUGAUAAUGAUAAUUUUUUUAAGAGAUAUUACUUAGAAAAAGGAAGAGAAUUACAAAAAUUCCCUUGAGAUGAAAGGAAUUUGUUUCAAAGUGGAUACAACAAAAUUCUUCGGUGGAAAAUUAGUUACUCGGAACCCAACAAAAUCGAAAAGAUUAGAGCCUGUCUACCAACGUGUUUAUUCUAUAAGUUUUUCAGUAACAGUUUGUGUUCUAUGCUGAAAAACACCUCUUUCAAAGCUUUACGAACUAAAUAACGAGUUAAACAAGGUAUAACAUAAGUGAUAUCUGUAAUUUUAGGGAGUGAAUCCUUGUCAUAUUUUAUGAAAACAUUUCACGUAGACAAAUGCCCUUACUUGCUUUGUUUUCUGAGAAACGUGAAACAGUUCACGUAGACAUAUGCCCUUACUUGCUUUGUUUUCAGAGAAACGAAGUGUCAGAGGUAUUGAUUUUUUGGGAGUUUUGAUCCCAUUAUUAGGUAUAAUGAAAUUUGGAAUAUUUAAUAUCAGUAAAAAAACCUUAUUCCUCCGUCUAUUUCCAUCAUUCGUGCCUCAUUUCGAAUUUCCCCUUCUUUAUCAGUGCCCUCAAAUCCCAUACGUCCAAAGACCGUUAAUCUUUCCGUUCCGCAUAUUCGAAUCCUAACCCACGCUAGUCGUAUGGGGUUGUGAGGGCACUGACAAGAAAAAAAUUGAAAUACCAUAAAAAAAGAGAAGAAGAGGUACGAAUCCAGUAACAAAAGAUUCUGUUGAUGUAAUUAGAUGCGUAGGUAAUCAUAUUUUUAAAUAUUACUAAACGUCUAUAUAAUUUUGUUCUUUUCAACGAAAUUGUUUUUGAAAAGAGAAUUUGCCUUGAAUGGGAAACAAUUCAUUAAAAAACGGAUUAUGGUUAGUGCGGCCAUCGAUUACGGAACACAAUACAGUCAUGAGAAGUGCAAUUAGUACAGAAACAAAAUAACCUACUACAAAAAUUCAAAAAAGCAGAAGUUUAUAUUUUCUUGAAGCACUAUUAAUCUUCUAAAAAUUGUGGCUCACAAAAACGUUUGCCAUAAAUAUCAGCCAAAUGAAUCUUGGUGACGAUACCACAGACGUACCUACUAUUUUAAAUCUUCUUACGUCAAACAAAGCCUAUUGACAGGUACUGGCAUAUGAAACUUUCCAAGUUUCAUUAUAAUCGACUCAAAAGUCUCCCAAGUGAUUAUUAAAAACUUAAUAUUUUAUUUAAGCCUUUUUACACUGUGUCUCAAAAAUCGAUUCGAGUUUAGAACUUGAUCAAAUGAUCUUUUUUUAUAAAAUACGACAAUAUGAAACAAAUGAUCACUCAUGUUACACCCAGUGUAUGCGGUGAAUAUACAUAGUAUAUCAACCAAAAUAAUUCCAAUAAGCCUUUGUAUAUAUAUUUGCGUAUGAUUCAUGGACAUUUAUAACCUAUACAUUGUUAUUAUUGCAACUUCUUGUUACCUUUAUAAAGUUAAAUUCUACAUUGUUAUAAUUGUAUUUCCUGU